UCCGCGAGCCGGCCGGGGGCGGGGGCUCGGAGCGACUCCGGCACCUCGUCUGAGGAAUGUUCUGAGCAGCCUCGGCGCUCGCCGACAGCGGCAGGAAUGUUGGCAGGCCCGUCUCCCCCAUGGAAAGGGCUUUGCGAGCUGUCCGCCCCCAGAACGCUGGAGAGCCUGAAACCUUCUGCAGCUUCCUGAGCUGCCUGCGCCCUCCCACUGUGGGCUCCGGCGAGCGAGCGAGGAGCGAGCGAGGGGAAGAGAGCCGCAGACGCUGGGAAGCAAGGCAAGGCCCCCAAGAGGGAAUAGAAGCCCACCCAGCGGCCUCCUCAGAGACCCCUGCCGCCGCCCCUGGUCUGGGCCGCCAUGAAUACCCCGCAGGCCGCCUUGGUCUGGCUUCUCCUGGUGCCCUGGGUGAAGCCGGCCCCGCCCGCUGCACAGAGCUCUCCCACAGAGACCUUUGGAGAAAUAUGGGAUUAUGAGGAGCCGCCGCGGGACGGGGGAGACAUGAAGAGAAACGAGAUCCUGACAAUCCUACACGACUUACAGAAAGACGAAAGCACGACGGAACAGCCAGAAAGAGCUGAAGCUGGCGAAAUGCCGACCUGCCUCCUGUGCGUCUGUCUCAGCGGCUCCGUGUACUGCGAGGAGACGGACAUCGAUGCCGUGCCCCCCUUGCCCAAGGAGACGAACUACCUGUACGCCCGUUUCAACAAGAUCAAGAAGAUCACGGCCAAGGACUUUGCGGACAUCCCUAACUUAAGAAGGCUCGAUUUCACCGGAAACCUGAUAGAAGACAUAGAGGACGGGGCCUUUUCCAGGCUCUCCCUGCUUGAGGAACUCACGCUUGCAGAGAACCGGCUGUUAAAGCUUCCCAUUCUGCCCGCUAAGCUGACUUUGUUUAAUGCCAGACACAACAAGCUCAAAAGCAAAGGCAUCAAAGCAAACACGUUCAAGCUGAAGAACCUCUCCUUCCUCUAUCUGGACCACAACGACCUGGAUUCCGUGCCGCCGCAUUUGCCUGAGAGCCUGAGAAUCCUUCACCUUCAGUUUAACAACAUAGCCGACAUCACGGAUGAUACAUUCUGCAAGUCCAACGACACGCGCUACAUCCGCAGCCGCGUGGAUGAGAUCAGAAUGGAAGGCAACCCCAUCCUCCUGGGGAAGCAUCCCAACAGUUUCAUCUGCCUAAAGAGACUGCCCACUGGAACCUACUAUUAACUGAGGCGCACUCAGCCCCACGUACCCCUAAAGGGAAAGCCAGCUGUCUGCUUACCUCUCAUUUAAAGGAUCUAUAGUCUCGUUUAACGAUAUUUUUGUAUACUCUUGGCAGCUUUCAGACACCUACACCUUUUUUUGUUCUUUUUUAAACUAGAGUAUUUAGAAAACUUUACAUCUACCUUACAUUGUGAGUUCAAAAUGUAACAUAAUGUGAAUAAUGGAGACUAGUCAGAUAAACAUCACCACACACCCCACUUGGUUCAUGGCAAGAUGUCGGCACACUGUGACAACGUCUCUGUGGCUGCGUCUCAGCUGGGGGCACCUUCUCAUCGCUACCAACGUGUAAGUGUGGGCACACACCCAGGACUGGCUCUCUGAUGCCCUUCCUUCUCGUUCCUGCCUGAGGAUGCCUCCCUGGCUCAAAGUGAAAUAUUUUCAGGCACCCACAGUUUUUGCAAGCUGGACUGACAUCGGUGAGGGACUCAUUACUGUCGUAGGCCGUGAAAUAUGGUAGAGUUUGCUACAAGACAUGUGUCUAUACCAUACUUUUCAACUGGAGAAAACUCCAUUCCUUUGGUCAAGUCCCAAUAAAAUGUUCAUUUACAGGAA